GGGGGGGCUGGGGGGGCAGGUGAGGGUUAGGGACAGGGUCUUCACCACAGGGCAGUGGGCAUGGAGCAGGCUGCCCAGGGCUGUGGGCACGGCACUGAGUACUGGAGUUCAUGGAGCGUUUGGACACCUCUCUCAGACACAGGGCUUGGGUUUGGGUGGUGCUGUGUGGAGCCGGGGGUUGGACUCAGUUCUGGGUCCCUUCUGACUUGGGAUGUUCUGUGAUUCUCUCCUGGUCGGUACAAUGACUAUAGUUUUGCCUUUGAAAAUGUAGUGCCAGCUCUUCCUUUUUUGUGUGUAUUUUUUUUUCCUUUUAUUUGUCCUUUAUCUCCGAAGAUAACCUUUUAUAACUAUUAAGUAUUUACACUGUUUGUUGGAGCUGAAACAUGGCUGAAUGAUAACGGCGCUUAACGUUCUUGGAGAGAACAGCAGCACAAAUAUCCAGCUUCAGUGUUGUUGACUGUAAGUGAACCACUUCAGUUUGUUUGCCAGUGCAGCACAUUGCCACCAAGUGUUACGUACCCAGGAUUGCCCAGAAUGUAGUCUAACUAAAUGUGACAUCUAACUUAAUCUAACGUUUCUUGAGAUCUCUUACCAUAAGCUAGGCAGGGAGCUGGAAGAAAUGCAAUUGCUGUUGCUGUCUUGGGCAGGCAACAUUCUUUGAAUCGCUCAUUUGUGCAAUAUAGAAAAGGUCAAUAAGAGAUUCUGAGGCAGGUAAUCUGGCCUCGAGUUAUUUUAUCUCCAUACUUCUCAAAGACCGCACGCAACUCAAAAUGAAUUGCAUCAGAUAAAGAAAUGACUGAUUAGAAUGAUUCGGUAUGAAUCUGUGUGACAGACAUACUUUAAGAGACCAUAAUUUAUGACCUGUUGAAUGAAAAAAAAAGUAAUGGUGGUGAUGCUGGAUAAAGUGGAGGAGCUUAGUGAUGCAGAAGGCAGCCUAAAAUUAUCCACAGUCCGUUUUGAAUGAUCCAUCACCCUUGGUGUGACAAAGUAGAGGAAGUCCUUGAGGCCAAGAGCAUAGCUGUCUGCAGAGGAGGGAAGGGGCUGGAAGUUUACCUUCAUGUCAAGAGUGUGCAGUGAGAUGAUUGCUGACAAAAUCCUUCUGCAAGGUUAAACUUCGUUCUUCUAGAUGGAAGUUUGUGUGUUAGAAAACGAGGCAAGACCUCGGUAAGGGGCAAAUAACGUAAGUAAUUCUGUGGUCUGUCGUUCCAUUAGCGUUUCUUAUCCUAUUUUAAUGUUCUGGAUAGCAAAACAGCUAUUUUGGUUUGAGCUGGCUUAGCAGUUUCAUUCCAAAAGCUGAAGUUCGGGGAGUGCAUCGCAGUGGACCACACAGAGGAGCAUCCAAGAACGUGCAGCCUGAACAGCAGUGGGUUGCAGUGUGUGAUGCCAGCCCAGGGUGCUGUGGGGUGGUUUUGGUCAUUGCAGGAAUUUAUAGAGGCAGUGUUUUCCACAGGCAGCAUUACAGGCUGUAAUAAACCUGUACGGUGAUGGCCUCCUGUACACUUUGUCUCCCAUACAAAAAGCAAAUGCUUCAUGUAGACGUGGCCUGUCUUACUGAAUGCAAAUCACUGCUGAUUUUUGUGCUGUGUUUUGGUGGCUGUUUCUGUAGAGGUACUAAAUUGUGGUGGUUUCACCCUGAGGGACAACUGAACUCCACAACUGCUGUCUUAUUCCUCCUCCUCAAAGGAAGAGGGGCAGAAAAUACAGUGGAGAAGGGCUCAAGGGCUGAGAUAAGGACAGAGAGAUCACUUAGCAGUUACUGGCAUGGCUGAAACAGACUCAGUACUGGGAGAGUAAUAUAAUUUAUAGCCUGUUACUAACAGGAUAGACCAGUGAGAACUGAAACCAAGCUAAAAACAUGUUCUCCCCCACAUCCAAGGGAGUGGGGGCUGUGGUCAGUCCAUAACGCUUUGUCUCUGCCACUCCUCCUUGGUCGCUCUCUGCUCCUUCUCCAUGUAGGUCCCUCCCACAGGAUGCUGUCCUUCCGGAGCUGAUCCCACCUGGGCUUCCCACAGGCUGCAGCUCUCCAAGCUCUACUCUGACAUGUCUCUGUACCACAGGCCCCACCCUUCAGGUUUUGCUUCAGCAUGGGGCCCCACAGGUAGCAGCUCCCCCAGCCCUCCUGCCCCACUGCAGUCUCGUCUCCGUGGGCUGCAGCUCCAGCUGGAGGUUGCUCCUCCAGAGGUUGGGGGAGGUUGGUCCCUCCAUGGGCUGCAGCCUCCUGCAGGCAUCAGCCACUGCUGCGCAUGGAAAUCUGCUUUGCAUAGUGCCCAUGGGCUGCAGGGAGCCAGCUUGCUCCACCAUGGGCUCACGGAGGGCACCCCUGCAGCCCCCCACUCACCAAAGCCUUGCCUAAAGUACUUUUUGUGGCUUGUUUUCUCUUGUUCAUGUGAAUCAGUCAAUAUUUUAAUUUUUAACUGGCAAAAAUAGUGGAAUAUGAUCAAAGUGUAAUUCCUCAGAGAAGUACUUAAAGUCAGCUAAGUGAAGAACUGCAACACUGCAGUUGUUACAAAUUAACUAUUGCAAUAUGUUUGCUUUGAGAACGUGUCUGUGUGGUUAAGUGGCUUUGGUUUAAGUAUAUAAGCACUAUAAGCAACCAGAAGUGAAAUGUCUCUCUGCAUUCAAGUUUGUUCUUUGUAGUAUUUUUUUCUUUUCUCCCACAGUUGAAAACUGACAGCUGAGUGCUGCCCUUUGUGGCUGAUAGCAGCAGUGACUCAUCCCAAUUUUACUGUUCUGCUCUUGGUUAACUUGCUCGGUGUGGGGAUUUCCUGCAGUCCUCUGGAUACCGGUGGUUCUGAUUACCUUCCAGAUGUUUGUCAUUCCUGCAGAUGUAUGUGACUGUACUGCUUGUCUGCCUGCAGCUUCUCCACUUUUCAGCCCGUGUUUGUGUAGUUCAUGCCCUAAUCUCUGAUCACAGUAUCCAUCCUUGCCUUCCUGUGCUGCUUUUAGUAUGUGUUAUUCUUUCUUUUCUCCUUGAAACUUGCAUUAACCUACAUGGGUACAUGGCCUAGGGGCUGAGAGGGGAAGGAGGCUCUGUUCUGCAGGGAGGCACCUAUAGCAGCCACCCACUCAGUUUUGAUCCACAAUUAAUGAGAUGUUGAGCAAGUUCUUAGUAUCCUCUGCAUUCCCUGCCUUCCUUUUUUAUCUGACACAUUUUUGCUGAAACUCCCAAGCUCUGCCCCUCAGUGCUGUGAUAUGCUUUGAGUUUUGGAAGGCCACAUCUGAGCGAGUGCAAAGUUAUAUCCAAAAGGAAAACUGCAGUCAGGGAGGAGGGGACUGAUCUCACCACAGUAGCCCAGACAGCAAUUAGUCUCUGCUUGGAAUCAGCUCCACUCUUUUUUUUUUUUCUUUUUUAAUAUUUAUUUAUUUGGGAAACAGCAGGGUUUUGUGGUUUGUAAGCUCAGUAGUGAGACUGAUAAAUGAGAAGGCUGCAUCUUGUGACUUGGCUCUUCUUGUCAGCAGGACCUAUGAAAGCGUGUGAUUUGGGGGUUUUUGAGCAUCAUGUGCUGUUCUGGUUUAAGACAAGACAGCUGUAUUGUCCUUGAUUCACUUUGAAUGUGAGAUUGUUAGCUCAGGGGGCUUCCUUAUCUUCAUAAUGUCAGUAUUUGAGCAGGUAUUGCAUUUUUUUCCUCCGGACAGUACUCCCUGCUUUCACAGAUGAGACAGGCUGAGAUGCUACAUCAAACAGAAAAACCCCUUGUUCCUUCCUGGUCUCCAUUUAUGAGGUGUGCAGUGAAGGAGAAAACUUCCAAGGUUGGCAGUUUGUAAGAUGCAGUUGAAUCCAUGCUCUCAAACUAUGACAUCCUUUCUCAGUCCAGUAUCCAGCAGCACUCACUGAAGAAGAGAGACCUCCAGCCUGAGACUCAUGUAGAGAGGCUUUUAAGUUUCUCAGCCCUGCAAAGGCACUUUAAAUUAUACUUAACUGCAACUGCUGAACACUUUUCAGAAAGAUUUCAAGCAUUAAUUGUGGAUGGUGAAGGGAAGGAAAAGGAGUAUCGUGUUCAAUGGCAAGACUUUUUCACGGGACAUGUUGUUGGGGAGCAUAAUUCCAAAGUUGUGGCACACAUCGGGGAUGAAGACUUUACUGUAAGAAUCAAUACUGAUGGAGAAGAAUACAAUAUAGAGCCCCUGUGGAGAUUUAUAGAUAAUGUUCAAGAUGAAAGAUUGCUGGUCUACAGAUCUGAAGAUAUCAAAGAUUUCUCACGUCUGCAAUCCCCUAAAGUAUGUGGUUAUUUAAAGCUGAACGAAGAUGAACUUUUACCUAAAGGACUGGAAGAGAGUAAACAAAAUGAAGCAAGCAUCCACCGGGAGAAAAGAGCCAUUCCAGAGAGCUCCAAAGAUACCUGCAAGAUGUUGGUAGUGGCAGAUCAUCGGUUUUUCAAGUACAUGGGCCGAGGGGAAGAGAGUACUACUAUAAACUAUUUGAUUGAAUUGAUAGACAGAGUGGAUGACAUCUACCGAAAUACUUCGUGGGACAAUGAGGCCUUCAAAGGUUACGGCAUACAAAUAGAGCAGAUUAUCAUCCACAGUGAGCCAGAACGUGUAGCACCUGGAGGAAAGCAUUACAAUAUGGCAAAAAGUUAUCCAGAUGACAAGAAGGAUGCCUGGGAUGUGAAAAUGCUGCUAGAGCAAUUUAGCUUUGAUAUUGCUGAGAAAGCAGCUCAUGUGUGCCUUGCUCAUCUCUUCACAUACCAAGAUUUUGAUAUGGGAACACUUGGACUGGCUUACGUUGGUUCUCCCAGACCUAACAGCCAUGGUGGCAUUUGUCCUAAAGCUUAUCACAGUCCGAUUGUAAAGAAGGACAUCUAUCUGAACAGUGGCUUAACCAGCACCAAGAACUAUGGGAAAACCAUCCUCACAAAGGAGGCCGACUUGGUUACAACGCACGAACUUGGCCAUAACUUUGGAGCAGAGCAUGACCCUGACAGUCUGCCAGAAUGUGCCCCCACGGAAGACCAGGGAGGGAAAUACGUUAUGUAUCCAAUUGCUGUCAGUGGAGAUCAUGAAAACAAUAAGAUGUUCUCAAGCUGCAGCAAAAAAUCCAUCCAUAGGACCAUAGAGGUCAAGGCCCAGGAGUGCUUCAAAGAGCGCAACAACAAAGUGUGUGGGAACUCCAGGGUGGACGAAGGGGAGGAAUGCGAUCCUGGCCUCUUGUACCAACGAGUUGAUCCCUGCUGCUCUGCAGACUGCAAACUGAAAGAUGGUGCCAAAUGCAGUGAUCGGAACAGCCCCUGCUGUAAAGGCUGCCAGUUUGAAAGUGCCCAGAAAAAAUGCCAAGAAGCCAUAAAUGCCACUUGUAAAGGAGAGUCUUUUUGCACGGGGAACAGCAGCGAGUGCCCUCCUCCUGGCAAUGCUCCAGACGACACAAUCUGUGUGGACAUGGGGAAGUGCAAGGAUGGCGAGUGCAUCCCUUUCUGCGAGAGGGAGAAGAACCUCCGCUCGUGUGCCUGCAAUGAAACGGAUAACUCCUGCAAGGUGUGCUGCCGGGACGAGCAGGAUCGGUGCACGCCCUACGUCGACGCCAACAACCAGUUCCUGUUUCUGCGCAAGGGGAAGCCUUGUACCGUGGGCUUCUGUGACUCAAAUGGCAAAUGUGAGAAGCAAGUACAGGACGUGAUUGAACGAUUUUGGGAUUUCAUAGACCAACUUAGCAUCAACACCUUUGGGAAGUUCCUGGCAGAUAACAUAGUGGGCUCUGUGCUCGUCUUCUCCUUGCUGUUUUGGAUUCCUCUCAGCAUCCUUGUGCACUGUGUGGACAAGAAAUUGGACAAGCAAUAUGAGGAGAACAACAAGUCUCUGUUCUGCGCCAGUAACGCGGAGGUGCCCAGCAGCCUGGACUCGGCCUCUGUGCGCAUCAUCAAGCCCUUCCCCGCGGCGCAGCCCACCAGUCGGCACCAACCCCUGCAGCCCAUCGUGGCUGCGCCCGCGGCCGCCACGGCUCCCAAGCAGGACCACCAAAGAAUGGACACAAUUCAGGAGGACCCCAGCACCGACUCUCAUAUUGACGAGGACGGGUUUGAGAAGGACCCUUUCCCAAACAGCAGCUCAGCUGCCAAAUCUUUUGAGGACCUGACGGAGCACCCCGUCACCAGGAGUGAGAAAGCGUCGUCUUUUAAGCUACAACGCCAGAACCGAGUGGACAGCAAGGAGACGGAGUGCUGAUGUCCCGCUGCCUCCCGCCCUACGGCUCCCGCGUGCUAAAGUUCCUCUGGAUCUAAAACCAUUUCAUUUCUAUAAAUACAGAUAUAUGUAUAUAUAUUUUUGUGAGGGAGUGGGAGAAAUAAGGAAGCGACCUACUGCAGAUGCUGGUCAUGUGUAUGACCUUCCUUGAAUUACGUUUAUUAGAGCGUUCUAUCUUGUACAAAGCGGAAAUCCAACCGGAGCCGGGCUUGGUUUUGAAGCUCGUUGGAUUGUUCUAUUUUCUCGACCUCUAACAUUUCCUUCAACCUGUGGUGCAGAACAAAAUUUCCUCCUGGAUAUCACGUUGUGUAUCCGCCUUUUGUAAUGCAAUGCGUUGCAGUCUGGUGGCACUGAUAGAUGAAAUUAAGGGGCUUUGCCAGCAAAGCAAAUACUGCGCGGUGUGUUCCGUGUGGAGCAGAUCCUGUGAGGUACAGGUAAGCCAAAGUGUAAGCAUUACACAGAACCUGGAGAACGGGAGGAAACAAAAAUACACUUUGUGGGCAUAUAAUGUGGGGCUGCAUAAUCAGCAUCAGGAAGUUUGUGAGACAGCUUCUGAAUAAAUAAAAGGGUUGUGCAGAGGCUGUUAAACCCUACUUGGUGCCUGGAGAUGCCCCUCCGGCUGUGACGCUGCCGUGUCCCUGUUUUCACUGCAGGGAAAUGUUCCCCCUGGGGGUUUUCCCACUGCAGGGGGGUGUGUGGGGUGCAGGGGGCAGGGAAGGGAAGGGAGAGAAGUGGAGAAAUCACCUAUACGGAUGAGGGCUGUUUGAACCACUUAUGGAUGUUUCAGUGCAGAAAUGUUUCUCUGAUGGUUUUUCUGUUGUUAUUAAUUAGGUAACGCUAUUGUUGAGCUAUUCACUCUGUUGAGCCUGGGAAGCUCUUAAAAAUAACUGAAAGAGUCCUGCACUCCAUGCAGGGGAGCAGAUGUUAGUUAGAACAUGUGAAGCUGAACAAUGAAAAAGCAAGCUUUGUUAGUCUUACAGGGCCUGUGCUGUGCUAGGGAGGAGAUGUUGUGAACUCGAAUUUCCACACGGCUAAUACAGUGUGAUGUUAACAGCUGGUAACUCGUUGGUGUCCUUCAGUUGGAGCUCUGUAACAUGGGAUGUGUGGGCCGGGAGCAGCGCUGAAGCCUGAGGUCAGCCUGGUAUCAGGUGGACUGACAGGGUGAGGCCCAGAGCAGCUAUCACGGAAGCAGAGCACCUUAUUGUGCCUGUUUUCUCCCCUAAGAAUGCAUUAUUAAAGCUGACACAGUGUGUGAAUGGCCUGGAACCAUUUUAGCUGUUACAAGCCUGCGCUCAGCCACCAGGGAGGCAGAGCUGGGGUAAGCGUUGGUCAUCUUCAAUGUGAUGGAAAGGAAGCGAACCUGUGAUGAGAGGAGCGCGAGUGCCGCUCUGCCUUCCCCACCCCGAUACUUGUUACACUGAUACUUGAAUGUGUGCCUUACCGUGUUCUAUCUGAUAGCCCUUCUUUUAUAUACUGGUUUUGGUUUGGUUGUUUUGUUGGUUUUGUGUUGUUUUCUGUUUUUUUGAUUCAGUGCAAAGUACAUGUGUGAGGAGUUAAUUUAAUUCCCAGUACAGUCAAAGCUUUUUAUAUUAAAAUCAACUGAACAAAA